AUUUUUAACUGUGCGAGCACGGGAGAAGCGAGCGCCUACGCACCUGUAUUUCCAUCACAACUUUUUCCAUCGCCUCAGCAAUAAAAAAAGUCCACUCUAAUUUUCCCCAUUCUGACUUCAGACAAGUACCCAAUUCAAUCAGAAAAUCGACGAAUCUCCCACAUAGAUACAUCGUCAACGAUGGCAGAUGAAGAAGAACAUCAAGAAACAGAGCUCAGCGAUAAUCAGAAAAUCGACAUUGCCAAAUGGUUUCUCCUCAAUUCUCCCCCCGGUGAAAUCCAAUACGUCGCUAAAGAUCUAAGAUCGGUUUUAAGGGAUGACAAUGCGUAUCAAAUGGCGGCUUCAGAGGCAUUCCCCUUUUACAACAAAACGCAUAUUAUUUCGCUCCAAUUCCCAGAUCGAAGUGGCGAUGUGCUGGUUUCCUCGUUUAGCGAGAUCAGUGAGGAUGAAUAUCUUGAUCCUAGGACUGCACAAGUUGGUAAAAUUGACCAUGUGAAACAAAUCUGUACAGAUAUAAGACCAGCUAAAGAUGAGGAACUUCCAACCCCCUACAUAGAAGAGUACCGAUGUGCACUGGAUGCAGAAGUGUGUAAGUACGUUGCAGAAGCUUACCCAAAAGCUACUCGACUCAGCCCUCAAAACUUUUGUAAUGGAAGUUGGCGCUCAAUAUGGAACAUUGAGUUCAUGGAUGAAUUACAAACUGUGGAAGUAAGAGGAAAAAUGCAGGUGGGUGCUCACUAUUUUGAAGAAGGGAAUGUCCAGCUAGAGGCACAACAUGAAUGCAAGGAUUCAACUAUGUUCCAGUCUCCUGACGAUUCUUCUUUUUCAUUGGCCAACAUUAUUCGCCACCAUGAGACGGAGUAUAUGAGUUCUCUUGAGACAUCUUAUUCCAAUUUGCCAGAUUCCACAUUUAAGGAUCUGCGUAGGAAGCUUCCAGUUACGCGGACAUUAUUCCCAUGGCACAACACCAUGCAGUUUAGCCUGACAAGAGAUAUCACAAAGGAGCUCGGAAUCGAAAAAUAGAUUGCAUCGAGUUUUAGUUGCAUGGCAUGUUACGUUUGCUUUUGAUUUUUGGAUCAACUGUGUCUGUUGCUAUUAUGUCUUUUUCAGAGUGUGACGUUUGCUUGCUAUUCAUUCAAUACUUAUCCGUUUCAGUAUCCUUCCACAAAUCAAUUUAGUAAAAGAAUAUAUUUUCAUGUUUGUUGUGCAAAGUGCCCACUACUCUUAAUGAUUUGGUGUUGGUGUUAUUUUUUGUUCAAUAACUCAGGGUGGUUACGUGGUCUUUUUCGUAG